GUAUGAUGUACUAGGAAGUGCUUGUCCCCGCCUCCCUGUUUUAUAUACAGCCAGGGAUGGCUCAGUGACAAUAAAAGUAUCAGCCAGAGGAAUCGCUCUCAGAGAACGUUAUACACAGGUUCCAUAUACAGUGCAGGUUCCACUAUGGAUCUUAAAGGGGAUGUGUCCUUGCUGGUGUGGUUGGCUGCAGCCGUGGGACUGCUGACAUUUGUGGCAAUAUCCACCCUUCCACUGCUGACCGAGUACAUCAGGAAAUGGAGGAUUAUGUUACCAAUUCCAGGGGUGGGCACCAACUUCCCCCUGAUUGGGAACGCUCUCCUGCUGAAACCAGGCGGUGGAGAAUUCUUUCUUCAACUUAUUGAAUAUUCAGAGGUAUUUAGAAGCCUUCCACUUUUAAAACUUUGGGUUGGUCCAGUCCCUUUCUUAAUAGUAUAUAAUCCAGAAACCGUGGAGCCUCUUCUGAACUCUUCUAAACAUAUGGACAAAUCAUUUGCUUAUAAAUUCCUUCAUCCAUGGCUUGGAACAGGACUUCUAACAAGCACAGGGGAUAAGUGGCGUUCUAGGAGAAAGAUGAUCACUCCAACCUUCCACUUUGCAAUUCUUGCAGAGUUCCUAGAGGUAAUGAACGAACAGUCCAAAAUACUGAUAGAGAAGCUUAAACAACAUGAUGGUAAAGGAACUUUUAAUUGCUUCAUGGAUGUAACGCUUUGUGCUCUGGAUAUAAUAUGUGAGACAGCAAUGGGUACAAAAAUCCACGCCCAGAGAGACAGUGAUUCUGACUAUAUUCGAGCAAUUUACGAAAUGAGUGAUUUUGUACACCGUCGCCAGAAAAUGCCAUGGUUAUGGCCAGACAUUCUGUUUUCUAAUCUAAGCAUUGGAAAGAGGCAUGAUGCAAACCUAAAAAUACUUCACACUUUUACUGACAAGACUAUUGCAGAAAGGGCAGAAGAAAUGAAGAAAUUAGAAUCCAACUCAGGAAACACUGACAACUCUGAGCCACAGAAAUGCAAAAAAAGAAGUGCUUUUCUAGAUAUGCUUCUGAGAGCUAAAGAUGACGCAGGCAAUGGAUUAAGCCACAUAGACAUUCGUGAGGAAGUGGAUACUUUUAUGUUUGAGGGUCACGAUACUACAGCUGCAGCCCUCAACUGGUCUUUAUUUUUAUUGGGAUCACAUCCAGAGGUUCAGAAAAUAGUUCAUAAAGAACUGGAUGAAACGUUUGGUCAGUCUGACCGUCCUGUUUCAAUGGAUGAUUUAAAGAAACUUCGCUACCUUGAAGCAGUUAUAAAAGAAGCAUUGAGACUUUUCCCUUCUGUUCCAUUUUUUGCACGUACCAUUACUGAAGACUGCACAAUCCGAGAUUUCAAGGUACCAAAAGGAGUGAAUGCUGUAAUUGUUACUUAUGCCUUGCAUCGGGAUCCAGAAUAUUUUCCUGAACCAGAAGAAUUUAAACCAGAACGUUUUUUACCUGAGAAUGCAAGUGGCCGCAACCCAUUUGCAUAUAUACCUUUCUCAGCAGGGCUUAGAAACUGCAUAGGCCAAAAAUUUGCUUUAAUGGAGGAAAAAGUCGUCUUGUCAACCAUUCUCAGGAAUUUUUCAGUCCAGGCUAGUCAGAAAAGAGAAGAAUUACGUCUUGUUGGUGAACUAAUUCUCCGUCCACAAGAUGGCAUGUGGAUCCAGCUGAAGAGUAGAUGAAAUAUAUUUUGUGCCUUAUCUUUCAUUUCAGAGCUGUACUUUCACAAUAAAAUGCCUUUAAUUGCAAUUGAUAUGAAGUUGAUAAGCAUAUGCUAAUUACAGAAUAAAAGGGUAUUUGUAAUUAAACAGAUACUAUUUAGAAUGAGAUUUGCCUUAAUGUGAGAGUGGCCAGAUGUGUAAUUUGGGAUACAGAAAAAAACUGCAUUCUUUAAAUGUAUUUCUAUUUUAUUGUUUUAUAUCACAUUUUGUAAUAUGUUAUAUAAUUAUUUUGUGUAUGUCUUACCUUUUUCUUUUCAUGCAAAGUUUAAUGCAGCUAUUAUUAAUUUAACUACAUAUAGGCUUUAAUUUAAUAACAUUUCCAAAUUAUUCAAUACUGUUAGAAAAACCUUCCAAAUGGUUUAUCGACAAAAAAAAAACUCCCAUAGACUUUUUUUUUUUCAGAUUGUAUUUUAUUGACAUUUCAAAUGUUUCAGAAGAAAAAACAAACUGGGAUAAAGAAAAGAAAAAGGGUAGGGGUUAAAUGUUCAACAUACAGAAUACAUACAUAAGAAAGGUCACCUGGGUACAUGUCAUCAGAUUUCACAAUCAGUGUCUUUUAAUGCACAAAAUCUAUAUACAAUCUCUAACUGUCUUUAAUGCCUGUGACUCAGGUAAACGGGUUCAAUAUGCCUAUUGAGAUACAAGCUGGUCCUACUCGGUAGACCCAAUCCCGUUCAGGUAGGAUCAACUCCUUUCUUAACCCCUUAAGGACACAUGACAUGUGUGAGAUGUCAUGAUUCCCUUUUAUUCCAGAAGUUUGGUCCUUAAAGGGUUGAAUAGUGGCCUGGUUCAUGAUCCAUCCCUUUCGGUAUCAUAAUGUCAGCAUUACCCUGACAACACUACACUCCCUAUCUAUCUGAGUCUCUAACCCCUCUUCCUCCAAAUGUCAGGGGAAGUAUCCUUUGGAAGGAGUCCCUCUGUUUGUUGAUAUCGGCGUCAGCCCUCCUAUAUCUUUAUAAACGCAUACCCUGAUCCUCUAAUUCUGAGACAUCUCCUCAUAAUCAUGCAUUGACUGAGUUUAUCCUGAAUUAAUUUCAGUGGUGGGUUGAGUGAUGAGUGGCCUGCUACUCCAAUGUGUGCAGCCGUUAUAAUAUGUAUUAUCAGGAACAUAAAGUGCCUAGGAACUUGGCCUGGAAAAACGUCCCAGGAUCUAGCGAUAGUUCGACAUACACUCCCUGAAUGCUUCUUCAAAACUGCUCCAAAAUUCCUUUAGA